AUGGAGGAGAUCGGGAUCAUCAUAGAGAAGUAUCAGGAUGACGCUCCCUCCCUGUCCUCUUCUCGUCCAAUCACGGCUCUCUCUUUCCUUGGCCCGGAACCGGAAGAUUUGGAGGAUCUGUACAGCCGAUACAAGAAGCUGCAGCAAGAGCUGGAGUUCCUGGAGGUUCAGGAGGAGUACAUUAAGGACGAGCAGAAGAACCUGAAGAAGGAAUUCCUCCACGCCCAGGAGGAGGUGAAGCGUAUCCAGAGUAUCCCUCUGGUCAUUGGCCAGUUCCUGGAGGCGGUGGACCAGAACACGGCCAUUGUGGGAUCCACAACUGGUUCCAAUUAUUAUGUGCGGAUACUGAGCACCAUCGAUCGUGAGCUGCUGAAGCCAAACGCGUCGGUCGCUCUUCACAAGCACAGCAACGCUCUGGUGGACGUUCUUCCUCCAGAGGCAGACAGCAGUAUUAUGAUGCUGACAUCAGACCAGAAGCCGGACGUCUUGUAUUCGGACAUCGGAGGCAUGGAUAUCCAGAAGCAGGAAGUCCGCGAGGCGGUGGAGCUGCCGCUAACACACUUUGAGCUCUAUAAACAGAUCGGCAUCGAUCCACCCCGUGGGGUGCUGAUGUACGGGCCCCCUGGCUGUGGGAAGACUAUGCUGGCCAAAGCUGUGGCUCAUCACACUACGGCCGCCUUCAUUCGUGUGGUGGGCUCAGAGUUUGUCCAGAAAUACCUGGGUGAGGGUCCUCGAAUGGUGAGAGACGUCUUCCGGCUUGCUAAAGAGAACGCUCCCGCCAUCAUAUUUAUUGAUGAAAUUGACGCAAUCGCCACGAAGAGGUUUGACGCACAGACAGGAGCUGACAGAGAGGUGCAGAGAAUUCUGCUGGAGCUCCUGAAUCAGAUGGACGGGUUUGAUCAGAAUGUUAACGUGAAGGUCAUCAUGGCCACAAACAGAGCCGACACUCUAGAUCCGGCCCUGCUGCGACCCGGCCGCCUGGACCGCAAGAUCGAAUUCCCUCUUCCUGACCGAAGGCAGAAACGUCUCAUCUUCUCCACCAUCACCAGCAAGAUGAACUUGUCCGAAGAAGUGGACCUGGAAGAUUAUGUCGCUCGCCCCGAUAAAAUAUCUGGAGCCGAUAUCAACUCCAUUUGCCAAGAGGGCGGUAUGCUUGCCGUGCGUGAGAAUCGCUAUAUAGUUCUGGCCAAGGACUUUGAGAAAGCGUACAAGACGGUGAUCAAAAAAGACGAGCAAGAACACGAAUUCUACAAGUAA